AUGAGUCAGUUCGAUGAUUUGCAUAGAAAAAGAGCCAGGAAUGUAGAACCAAGCAGCCCUCAUGGAGCACGAUUGACGGCAUCGCAGAUUAUUGCUGAUGAGGAAGAAGGAUCAGAAAGUGAAGGAUACAUUGACGACGAUUUGGAGAGCCCAAAUGAUGACGCAGCAGUUGGACAAGGAUCCGGACGCACUUCCUCUGAUAGAAAUCGCAGAAAGAAGAGCAAACCCAAUGCCGGUUCCAAACCGUUGGAUGAACUAGACAAAGGCGAAACUGAUUCUAUGAAUUUUCAAAUGCUUGUUAGAAACAUUGUGCGUCUCGCCAUUUGCUCCCAAAGCUCCCAUCAAGCUCUUUCGCGAAAGGAAGUGAUACAGCGUGCAUUCCCACAAGGAAGUUCCCGAAGCUUGUUUCAGCCAGCUCUAGAAGAGGCAAACCGUCAACUUCAGUCUGUUUUUGGUUUUCAACUAGUCUUAGUAAACCCCACGAAUCGGACAAAAGAAAUGGCCAUUUCUCAACUCCGAAAACAACAUACUUCCAAUUCGUCUUCCUCCUCCUCCUCCAAUGUCCCAAAGUAUUGGGUGUUAAAAAAUUCCCUUCGUUUUGAGUACUGCAGCGACCAACGGCUCGUUCCUGACUCAAUGGCUGAUACUUCGUUUCUCGGAUUUUUGAUGCUUGUUGUUUCCCUUGUUGCAGUUUCCCAUGGAUAUCUUGGAGAGUUAGAACUGAAGUCGCACUUGGAUACUUUGUUAUCUUCUGAAACCACUCCUUUCCAAUUAGACAUAGACCGCUCCCUCAAUCUUCUUGUCAGAUUUGGUUAUUUGGACCGCGUAAAGGAUGAUACCCACAAUCAAUUUGUUUACUACAUCGGCUCUCGUUCUGAUAUUGAAAUCGGUAAACAAGGAUUAAAAAGCUUUAUUUCAGAAUUUGUCCAAGGUACCAACCUUGACGAAGUUUUGUCUGGCUUUACCGAUGAAAAAUUACAAACUCUUCCCAAUACAACUGAAAACGAAAAUUAG